AUGACUCUCAGAAACUAUUCAGUAGACUUCUUUUCCCAGUUUUACAUUUCGCCUAAUUAUUCUACAUUUUGGAAUUUUUCCCUGGGUGAAGAGAUGUAUGACAGCAACGCCAAGUACGAGACGGAAUCACAGAAGCCAAAGAUAAAAGCUUUACUUAUCAUUGCCUAUUCGGUAAUUAUUGUUAUCUCGCUGUUCGGAAACGUGAUCGUUUGCCAUGUUGUGAUUAAAAACAAGAGGAUGCAUUCCGUUACUAGUUUGUUCAUCAUGAAUUUGGCUAUUGCCGAUAUCCUGAUAACGCUGCUGAACACGCCAUUCACACUGGUUAGGUUUGUCUACAGUACCUGGGUGUUUGGAAAGUUAAUGUGUCAUGUAAGCAGGUUUGCACAGUACUGCUCGGUCCAUGUGUCUGUGCUGACUCUGGUGGCUAUUGCUGUGGACAGACAUCAGGUUGUCAUGCAUCCAAUGAAACAGAGGAUGUCCCGACUGCGUGGAAUUGUCUGGAUAGCUGUUAUCUGGGUGAUGGCUUCCUGUUUCUCUCUGCCCCACGCCAUCUAUCAGAAACUGCUGCGAUUUGAAUUUGGACACAGGAAAGUGAGAACAGUGUGUCUGCCCAGCUUUCCUCGUCCGUCUGAUCUGUUCUGGAAAUAUCUGGACUUAGCCACUUUCUUCCUGCUCUACGUUUUGCCACUGGCCAUAAUAUCAGUGGCGUAUGUAAUCGUUGCCAAGAAGCUCUGGCUACGGAAUGCCAUCGGAGACGUGACUCUGGCGCAGUCGAACGCACAUCGGAAGAGGAAGAGGAUGACGAUGAAGAUGCUGAUGGCUGUAGUGGUAGUGUUUGCAGUUUGCUGGUUCCCAUUGAACUGUUAUGUAGUUCUGCUGUCCAGUAAAGUGAUUCAGUCCAACAAUGCCCUUUAUUUUAGCUUCCACUGGCUGGCCAUGAGUAGCACCUGUUACAACCCCUUUAUCUACUGCUGGCUCAACCAAAGCUUCCGGGCUGAACUUAAGUCUCUGCCCUUAAUCUGCACAUCGAAGACAGUCACUGCUAACCCCUGCUGA